AUGAUGAAGGGACCCAGAAGAGCCCGGAAAAGAGCAGAGGGCGGAGCCAGCUCCAAUGUCUUCUCCAUGUUUGACCAGUCCCAGAUCCAGGAGUUUAAAGAGGCUUUCACCAUCAUGGACCAGAACCGGGAUGGCUUCAUCGACAAGGAGGACCUGAGGGACACCUUUGCUGCACUGGGCCGCAUCAACGUCAAGAACGAGGAGCUGGAGGCCAUGGUAAAGGAGGCCCCCGGGCCCAUCAACUUCACGGUCUUCCUGACCAUGUUUGGGGAGAAGCUUAAGGGCACAGACCCCGAGGAGACUAUUCUCCAUGCCUUCAAGGUGUUUGACACAGAGGGGAAAGGCUUCGUCAAGGCUGAUUUCAUCAAGGAGAAGCUCAUGACCCAGGCAGACAGGUUCAGUGAGGACGAGAUCAAGCAGAUGUUUGCAGCUUUCCCUCCAGAUGUGUGUGGCAACCUGGACUAUAGGAACCUAUGUUACGUCAUCACGCACGGCGAAGAGAAGGACUAG